UCUGAUGGAACAUUUUCAGAUAAACCUUCAACUACAGCAAACUGCAAGCCACUUACUGAUCUUUUCAUUGAUGACUCCAAAACGCAUGCAAGAAUUAAAAUCCAUUGUGCUAAUGGCAUCUACAGUGCAGUUGAAGAUGCCAUAAAGGAAACUGUCAAUUUCCCAUGGCAGGAAGUACAAUUGCUCAUACAACAGAGGAGCGAGACGGUUUGAGACUCUCUCUACCACUUGUAACUACUGAUUGUCAAGCCAAAUGCACAAAUGAAGCCUUAAAUACAAUAGAAUGGAGGAUCCUGGGGACACACACUUCACUGCCAGUUGCUUCCAGCAUGACUUGCAGAGCACAACAUCCUGAGAAGUCGUGUGUGCACUACAAGCUUCUGAACUACUAUCUUGAUGGGAUGGCCAAAUGCUAUAUUUGAAGCAUGACAUACAUUCAAUAUAUUCUUUAAUCAUUGAAAGAAGAAGGUUUUGGGGUCAUAGCCAAGAUGAAAUAGAAAAACAAGUAAAGCCACUGGAAAGCAAAGAUGAACUUCAGCCAAUAAGUGAAGAACAAAUUUCCAUGACCAAGGAGAUUGGUUCUGGGCAAGAUGAUAUUCUCAGUGCAAAGGAACAGAAAAUGAAAAAUGAAGGAGAACGGGAAAGAGGAGGAGAACUGGAAAGAGGAAGUGACCAGGAAAGAGGAGGAGAACUGAAAAGAGGAAGUGACCAGGAAAGGGGAGGAGAACUGAAAAGAGGAAGUGACCUGGAAAGAGGAGGCGAACGGGAAAGAGGAGCCGAACGGGAAAGAGGCGCCGAACGGGAAAGAGGAGGCGAACGGGAAAGAGGAGGCGAACGGGAAAGAGGAGGCGAACAGGAAAGAGGAGAACUGGAAAGAGAAAAACUAGAAAGACUAAAAAGAGAACGGGAAUUAGCAAGGGAAAUGAGACGAGCAUCAAGAUCUAAAGAUACACACGGGCAAGCGGGAGCUUUGACAGAGAGCCCUGAGACAUCGAUGGAACAAAUGAGGAGGACACGCAAGGCAGAGAGGAGGAGGAGGAGGCUAACUACCCCGAAGGUUGAAGAGGAGCCAAUUAAUGAAGAGGCCUGAGCAUUGCAGUGUCUAUGCUGCAUUGCGAGAGUGUAUGGGGAAAAAGGGAUCACUUGAUCACAACAAACCUCCCAAACCUUCCUCCCUUCUAAAUCCUGGCCCCUCUGGCUUUGUGCAACCUAUGCAUCUCCUCCCUCAGAUCUAGAGGGCAUGCUGCUAAGAAACUCAUGAUCUGUAUUUGAACUACUCAAUGUGGAGACUCCCUUUAUAUUAGCACUUUGGGGUGCACCUAUGCCCUAUGGACUGUAUCAGGUCAAGAAGAUAGUUCACCACCAUCUCAUCAAAGGCAAAUAGGGAUGGGCAAAAAUACCUAUAUCCAAUGAAUGAGUAUAUGUAAAAAAAAAGGACAGCUCUGUGAAAUGAGGGAAAUGCAUACUGAUUCCCUGUAA